AUGAAGCACCUCGUAUUAGAGAUAUCCGCCCGAGGCGCUGUUUCAGUUCGUAUCUGGCAGUUGGCAGAAACGAUCAAUGAGUCGAGAAAAAAUCAAAGUACGAGAUAUUAUGGAAACGAUAAGCAAACUCAAAUUGAAUUGAGCUGGUCAUGUGGCGAGAAGAACAGAAAACCGUUGGACAACCCCUCAUUACGUUCUGGACGCCCCAGGGACACACAGGGAACCAAGGAAGACCGAGGACGAGAUGGAGGGACGAUUUAGAGAGUUUGGUAAAACACUGGCAUCGUACUGCGCAAAACGUGGUCCAGUGGAGGUCAAUGGGAAAGGCCUACGUCUAACGACGGACAUUCAAAGGCUGAAACUCAACUGAAACUGAAGGCCCCUGCUUAUUUGAAUAUGUACAUACAUGUAAAUAUAGUUUACUGAGGGUGCUUUGGCCUGGCGAACUAAUAGUACAAAAAUAUCAAUUUCAAUAAAGGAAAUACUGCAUGGCAUCGAGUAGUUCGUCUCCUCCUGACGAACCAAAAAGACCACACCCUACGAACAAAGCCCGGCUUUGUCUUUUUCUUGAUCCGAGAACAGGGGUGGAUCUAGGGGUGCUGAGGCUGGNGCCGAGAUGACCUGCGGCUUUCGUUCUGCAAAGUAAGCAGAUAUGUAUGAUAUGUACUCUCAGCAGUUCACUUUAUGUUAUUGACUAAUCAAAAGCCUUCUUCGUAUUCGCUUUUAUGAUUUGUUUUCUUCACUAGUCAGUUAAGCCAUUCCUUAGUGGUACACCCCGUCCUAGGAAAAAUCCUGGAUACGCCCCUGGAUGAGGUGGAAAGAAGGUAA